AUGCCGCGUCAUUAUCAUUCAAAAGAACAUGUUAAGCAGCUUGACGUACUUUCGUCUCUCCACCUCGACCAAUUGCACGAACUAAACAUAGAGAAACAACCACCCGAGCGAGCGUCUAAUUUCGCUGGAAUAAUGAAGCAAUCGUAUGGGGAUUAUGAUCAUACUGGUAAAACGGUAAAUAACAAAGACGACGGCACAGGGAAAGUAUACACAGAGACCACAGUCGAAGUCAUAAGUCCUCGGACUGGGACACAGAAUCAACCACUCCGAGAUCGCCGCCGAAUGAUCCAACUUGUUGAGACUGUAAUAGCGGUUGCAGCAGAGCGGUGCGGGGUCAAUAUUGAGUACAGUUCUUGUAUGAAUGCACUUGCUCCAGGACGAGGCAGGAUACCAGCCUUAAUGCUACCCAAGGGCACACAUUCAUGCUUAACGCCAUGGCGCACGUCAAUACGAGACGAUAAGAAGCAUCUAGAAAUUACCGACGUAGGGUCGUCGGUUGCAGACAAAACAGCCGUGGUAGUUGACGUCCAUGAAAGCAUCGCCCUGAGUCGACUAAUGAUGAAAACCGGAGUAGAAUCCAAGAUGUAUUUCCUGUGUUUUUCCGUCAUCGCGUACUUGACAACCAAGAUUCAGGACGACGCUAUCAAUCUCAUAUACUCUAGCGCUGGUGAAGGCGAGUCAGAUAUGAGUGCUCAGCAUGCUCACGAGGGCAGUCGGUCGGUCGAGCAGGAACGAGGUCGAGGGAAGAGCGUGCGAGGUCUGAACACGUUGUCGUCCGGAACAGGGUCCUACGAAGAGAAGCCGACUAAAGAAGAAAAAAAGAAAAAGAGAAAAGAGUACAGUCGCAGUCAUGUCGUCCUUUGCUGGUGGUUCGCGGAGGAACUGCUUCAACCUGGUCACGAGGCAUCGGCCUGCCCAGAAGAACGGACAGUCGAGAAGAAGCAAUGCUAUUAUUGCAGAGGAGUCGGUCACAUCCAGGCUGACUGCCCAACCUUGAAGAUUCAGGGCAACAAAUGUUAUAACUGUGGUCUAAGCGGCCAUUACGCCCGCGACUGCACAAAGCCUCCUGGUGGAAGAUAUGGCUCGCGUGCACCUGUCGCUGGUCGCGAAAAAAUGCUACAAGUGCGGCGGAGUAAACCAUAUAUCAAAGUCAGUGCAUGGAUCAUUGCCACCGGAUCAAAUUUUGAUGUCAAAUCAAGCAACUGCCUUGCCCCGCCGGGCACAACCGUCACCGACCAAGUUAUCGUGACAUCCGGUCCGCCUGCGGGUUCGAAUGCUCCGAAGAGUUGCUAUAAGUGCCAUGAAACUGGCCAUAAUGUGGACGUCGCGGUCUGA